AUGCCCCCGUCAAAGGAAAGCAACCACGCCGUCAUCGACUCAUCGACUCAUUUGUGGUCGGAUGUCGGUCAGCCCCCUAGUGUAUGUAACUUCAUGUGCCGCCUCAAGCCACAUGGUAUCAUCGCAUGUCGGACAUUUGCCUAUUUUGUUCAGUCUUGGGGGAACAUCCAUAGAUGGGGCCGUCUCUUGGUGUCCCCUCCUUUGUCGAGAGACGAGGGAAAGAAGUGA